AUGAAGGUCUUGGGAGAUAAAUCGCCCCUUCGGAGGGUCCAGGGUUUGGAUUCGGCGCUGGAAUCAGAUGAUGAGUACGUCCCCACCAGGGGCACCGAAUCAAGUUACCGUUCGGAAGCUCCCCCGGAGUAUUCGAAGGCAAGACCACCAAGUCCGAGGAGAACUUCCGAAGACUUCAGUUCCGAGGACGUCCCCAGCCGAGACCCCGCUAUCCGCCUACUUUUCCAAAGAAUCCAGAAGAUGGAGGAUGACCGAACCCGGUCCCAGGUCCCUGACUAG